AUGUCCACCGAAUCUUCUGCUCCUUCCAAUUCCGGUGCCUUCUCCACUAAACGUAUCUUCUUGGUGAAGACCAGCCUCGAUGAUACGCUGAGUUUCCUGCAAAAACAGCUUGACGAGCUGUUCGAUUUCGACCAACGAGACCACAAUUUAAAGGUCAUGAUGAUCGAGGACUUGAUGGGCGACUUGGAGGAGUGUGUCAACUUGUUUCAUCAUCGCAAAUACCCGGAAGCAGUUGUGACCAUUAUGAAUGAUAUCAUGGGAAGAGCGCUACUGUAAGUUAAAACACGAUUUUUCUAACACUCGAGCGCACCUUUAUUGGCCGGCUACACGAAAAUUCAAACUGCUUCAAAUCCAGCGAAACUUUCAAAUCUGUGCCUAUGGACAGUUCUAAGAAACUUUCCCGUUAACUUUUUUUGAUUACUCACCGUAGCGUGGGUUACUGUAACUUGACCUCAAAAUUUAUAUCUCGGUAACCAGACGUCGUAGAAGGACGGCACCUUCACCAUUAUGUUCCUCAUGCAAAAUAACGUGUUUUUGGUUGUUACACCCGGAUAUGAAAAUUAUCGGAAGGGUUCCAAAAAUUUGAAUAUUCAUGCGCUGAACAAUAAAUCUUCAAUUUUCUCGAAAACUGGUUAUUAUUUUAGCGCUUUUUUAUUGCAUAUUCUGAAAGCAGAGCUUUUUCUGAAUCGAAUGCAUAUAAGGAUUGCUCACAAAGCCGGAGAAUUUGGGGGUAACCGGCCGCCGGAAGUUGGCGUACUCCGUUCGAGAUCUAAGAAAACGGUCUAAAAUCGCAGCAAAUUGGACAAUUUUUGAAUUUCUUUUUUUAUCCAGUUAACUCUAGGGCUUUUUUAGUCCUCAUAGACAAAAAGUCAUCAACAAAUUUAUGUUGAAAAGCCCGUUUUAAAAAAAUUUGCAUAUUUUCGCGCAGUUCUUAAAAUUUGUAAAUAUCUCAAAUAUUUCCAAUGUUAUACCCAUUAUUAUCAUUGUACAAUACAUUAGGCAAUGUGAGAAUCCAACUUUAACUAUACGUGUCGCAAUUUGAACACCAUGUUUUGCGCAGGAAGGCGCUAUCUAUAUGAACACGUAGUGAAAACUGUUAUCUCUUGUUUUUCUCGUGAAAUUAUGCUAAUUUUAGCACUUUUUUAUUGCAUUUUCAAAAAGUACAGUGUAUCCUGAUUCGAAUGCGUUCAAGUAUGUUACAAGUCGAUGGAGAUUUGAGUGAAAACGGAGCUGCUAAAGUUCUUAUAACCUCAGUUUCUCAAUUGGCAGCAAAUCGCUUAUUCUUUACGAAGUUUGCUAAACAGUGGCCUACACAAGAGCCAAAGGCUAGUGAGCCGUCCCCUAGGUUCCGUAGAGACAUUCAGGAAGACACUGAAGAUGUGGACGAGAGACUUUUAGAAAACGAUGGGACGAAAGAUGUCAUCGUCACAUUUUAGAAAACGAUGGGACGAAAGAUGUCAUCGUCACUGAUAUAACCCUUGUGUAAUAAUCGCGUACUAUUAUCUUUUUCAUUGCUGAUUUAAAAUGGGGUCAUAAACUUGCAUGUGAACUGUAGCAGCAGCUCCGUUUUCACUCAAAUCUCCAUCGACUUGUAACAUACUUGAACGCAUUCGAAUCAGGAUACACUGUACUUUUUGAAAAUGCAAUAAAAAAGUGCUAAAAUUAGCAUAAUUUCACGAGAAAAACAAGAGAUAACAGUUUUCACUACGUGUUCAUAUAGAUAGCGCCUUCCUGCGCAAAACAUGGUGUUCAAAUUGCGACACGUAUAGUUAAAGUUGGAUUCUCACAUUGCCUAAUGUAUUGUACAAUGAUAAUAAUGGGUAUAACAUUGGAAAUAUUUGAGAUAUUUACAAAUUUUAAGAACUGCGCGAAAAUAUGCAAAUUUUUUUAAAACGGGCUUUUCAACAUAAAUUUGUUGAUGACUUUUUGUCUAUGAGGACUAAAAAAGCCCUAGAGUUAACUGGAUAAAAAAAGAAAUUCAAAAAUUGUCCAAUUUGCUGCGAUUUUAGACCGUUUUCUUAGAUCUCGAACGGAGUACGCCAACUUCCGGCGGCCGGUUACCCCCAAAUUCUCCGGCUUUGUGAGCAAUCCUUAUAUGCAUUCGAUUCAGAAAAAGCUCUGAUUUCAGAAUAUGCAAUAAAAAAGCGCUAAAAUAAUAACCAGUUUUCGAGAAAAUUGAAGAUUUAUUGUUCGGCGCAUGAAUAUUCAAAUUUUUGGAACCCUUCCGAUAAUUUUCAUAUCCGGGUGUAACAACCAAAAACACGUUAUUUUGCAUGAGGAACAUAAUGGUGAAGGUGCCGUCCUUCUACGACGUCUGGUUACCGAGAUAUAAAUUUUGAGGUCAAGUUACAGUAACCCGGACUACGGUGAGUAAUCAAAAAAAGUUAACGGGAAAGUUUCUUAGAACUGUCCAUAGGCACAGAUUUGAAAGUUUCGCUGGAUUUGAAGCAGUUUGAAUUUUCGUGUAGCCAAGGCUCUCGACUCAUAGAAAAAUCGUGUUUUAAAAGACGAUUUUUGGCUCGCUGCGUCAGCCAAUACGAGGGGCCGGACAUUCAAAAAAUUUUUUUUUUGAGUUUUUUGGCCUAAAAUGUUUGUAUAGGUCACUAAAACACAUUCCCAAAAUUUUUUUGCCCAGUGAUGCCCGGAAGGUAGAAAUUUGCAUACGGUUAUAUCCGUCCUUCUGAGCUCUGCUGUUGCCGUCGCAAUAAAGACAACUCGACGAAACCGACACCGUAUAGGUUUUGGUGGAUGGCGAAUUCAAAAAUCGCAAUUUCAAAUUAGUAGGAUUACUGUAACAUACAGUUUUUGACCUUCGGUCGAUAAGAAUCGACCGUAUCUUCUUCAAAUCAAAAAUCCCACAAGAUUUUAUUGCAGAUUUGGAAUCAGCGUAAAAUUCUGGUCUAGGAGCAUGUAAUUUGCAUCCUUGAUUCCGUGGCAGAUAAAUCAUGGCGCAGUGGGUUUUGACGAAAACUAGUAAUCUACCGACCCUGGUUCGAUCCCCGCUGAAGACAAAUAUUGUAAAAAAUGUGGAAAUGACAUUUAAUGGAAUUAUGAGGGUUGUAUGAGCAACGCUGAGUAUUUUUAGACAUCAAUGUAACAUGAAUUUGAGGCUAGAACAGGGUUUAUAUUAUUUUAGCCUCGGAAUCCGUGAAAAAUAAAACUGCUUCAAACGGGCUGAAAUUGAUAACACCUAUUCUAGGCCUAAUUCUUAGAAACUUUUACGUUAACUUUUUUUUGUUAGAUUACUGUAGCGUGGAUUACGGUCACAUAAAACCCAAUUUUGUUUUUUCAUACCAUAAGGCGCAGAGCCAUCGGAAUAUCACAAAGAUUGUAGAAGUGGUUAAGAACGAGUGGGCUUGCGCAAUAAUAGUUCGUUUAUGGCCGUAUGUUUUGAAAUACCUGAGUUAUCUAACACAGUAUCACCAAUGGAUGAUGAGAUUAAUGCACACUGGAAAUGAGUUAGAAUCGAAUUUUAAAUAUGAAGUAUGCCCGCUUUCUGCCGUUUGAAUAAUAUAGCCAAAAAAAAUUUUAAUUUUAUGCAAAAAUUUUGAAGCAAUCGCCUUUAACGAGGCCGAGCUUUUUGUUACCGUAAUCCACGCUACAGUAAUCUAACAAAAAAAAGUUAACGUAAAAGUUUUUAAGAAUUAGGCCUAGAAUAGGUGUUAUCAAUUUCAGGCCGUUUGAAGCAGUUUUAUUUUUCACGGAUUCCGAGGCUAAAAUAAUAUAAACCCUGUUCUAGCCUCAAAUUCAUGUUACAUUGAUGUCUAAAAAUACUCAGCGUUGCUCAUAUAACCCUCAUAAUUCCAUUAAACGUCAUUUCCACAUUUUUUACAAUAUUUGUCUUCAGCGGGGAUCGAACCAGGGUCGGUAGAUUACUAGUUUUCGUCAAAACCCACUGCGCCAUGAUUUAUCUGCCACGGAAUCAAGGAUGCAAAUUACAUGCUCCUAGACCAGAAUUUUACGCUGAUUCCAAAUCUGCAAUAAAAUCUUGUGGGAUUUCUGAUUUGAAGAAGAUACGGUCGAUUUUUAUCGACCGAAGGUCAAAAACUGUAUGUUACAGUAAUCCUACUAAUUUGAAAUUGCGAUUUUUGAAUUCGCCAUCCACCAAAACCUAUACGGUGUCGGUUUCGUCGAGUUGUCUUUAUUGCGACGGCAACAGCAGAGCUCAGAAGGACGGAUAUAACCGUAUGCAAAUUUCUACCUUCCGGGCAUCACUGGGCAAAAAAAUUUUGGGAAUGUGUUUUAGUGACCUAUACCAACAUUUUAGGCCAAAAAACUCAAAAAAAAUUUUUUUGAAUGUCCCCGGCUGACGCAGCGAGCCAAAAAUCGUCUUUUAAAUCGUUUUAUUUUCUUUGAUUUGAUGGGGGUUUUGUCGGUUUAUAUUUAGGUUCUGUUGGUUUUGUAAACCCUUUACGGUAGGAAUAAGCAAGCAACUUUUCAACUUUAAAAUUCUCAAAAAAUGGGUAACAUUUUUACCGAGCGAGAGCCAGGAAUUUCGAAAAAGAAAUAUUCUAAAUUUGUGCCAAGAUUGACUCAUAAAGACCGCUAGGAUAUGCACCAAUCCUUUGCAGGAAACUAUGUCGAAAUGUGAGAAAAUUCUACUCUUUUCUCGAACUUUGACAUGGAAAACUUCAUGCCUAUGUAGAGGGUAAUCCUUCCACAAAAAACUAAGACCUAUACAUCGUUGAAUAUCUCGGCUGUCCCUGCAAAGCAUAAACUAAAAUUUUCAAGAAUUGAUAUUUAACCUAUGCCCUUACUUUUUUAGAAAUUGAUAUAUGACAUAUUCUUGCUCAACUUCAGAUUUUUACUCUUUCAGAAUUGCCACGAACAUUGCCCAAUGCACUCAGAAGAACUUUACCCACACGAAUGACAUUUGUGCUAUCUGUUUGGAAGAAGAAGCCCAACAGCCCGUCUACUGCCUCCAAUGCCUCAAAGUGGUAUGCUGCAAAGGCUGUAUGACCCAGCUGAUGAAGCACAGUAAGCAUUUUUUGACCUGCUUGAGAUGCCAGAGGAAGAGUUCAAUCACAUUCCCAUUCUUUUUUUAUGCUAAUGUAAGUCCGAAUACGUCGGAAUAAUUUAUGUCUUGAAGAGUUAUAGUUGUUUGUAAUAAAUCAGAGUUCUAUUAUAUAUUUGAAAUUUAACUUGGAUAUAUUUUGAUUUGAAAAGUUCAAAAAAUUUGCGCUUAUAAGAGUAUUCGUGAAUCUUAACUUUCGUCGCUGCGAUAUUGCAAUUGUAUCAGUCUGUCGGGAAAAUAACGGCGGAUCGUCGCAGCAAAAUGUCCCGCCGGUAUCGCGCACCAAAUGCCAAGCCGCUGCUUGCAGUCGCAAAGCGAUAAUGGGCGAUUCGGAGGCGCGACGAUCCCCCGUUAUUUUCCCGACAGACUGA